AUGGCUCAACAACCAAAUGACCAACAAAGAAUGACGCUGAGAGAUCUCUACUUGGUCGCACUUGAAUUACGGGAGGACAUAAACAAAAACAGUGCUUCCUGGUUCAACCAUUGGCCUCCAUUGGCAUGCGAUAUAACUGGUGACAGCGUCAAAAAAGUGGUCCCACCACUUCUUUUCAACUUUAUUGCGUGGAUACUUGGCUAUUCUAAUGAGCCUGAAGAGACAAGAUACGUUGAUAUGGAUGAAAAACUUACCAUAAAAGUGUUUUCCAUUUGUCAAGACUUGAUUUAUAACAAGAGCAAAGGCAAGUCACCGACACCAAGGUCUUUAGCACUUGCGAUGUCUGUGCGGCAAAUUUCCGGAUGUUCCAGUCUGAUCUCAAUUUUAAAUGGUCUAGGACAUUGCGUCUCUUUGUCUUCUACCAUGGCAUACGACACAGCUCUCGCGCAAUUGACCAUAAACACGUCUGACAAUAUACCAAGAGGAUUCGUAGCCAAGGAAGCCAUUAAUUUAGUUUAUGAUAACAUAGAUUUCCAAGAAGAUAUUAAGGAACAAACACAUGUGACCAAUGGCAUUAUAACGCAGAAAAUAACCGGCGAGAAUCCAACUGCCCCCAAUCGGAUGACAGGAAUUAAAAAGUCACAGCGUUCUUUGCAAGUCCCUCAAUCAGAUAUAUUGCCGUUUACCAUUGGAACGAGAAAGACGCCGCAUUUUCUGGAUCUCGACAGAACGACGACGUCCUCCAGGGAGAAAGCACAAAGACUUGAUUUAGUGUAUGUGUUGCUAAAGAUGUUUCCUUCAGAUGAGACGACUCUUCCUGGAUGGACAGGUUUUAAUACUAUUUUGUGUCAGGACGACAUACCAGAAGUUUCGCGAGUCGGUUAUCUACCUGUGAUUGACGCACCCCCAACCGAAUAUUCUACGAUUAAUACAACACUCAAAAAGAGCGAGGAGAUAGUUGACAAAUUACAGCUGCGAUAUGUCACACUUGUUUUCGACGAAGCAGUGUACGCUAAAAUACAGCAUGUCCGGUGGAAGAAUGAAGCUUUCCAAAAUCGUUUUGUUGUGCGCCUUGGUGAAUUCCAUACAAGUAUGUCGUUUCUGUCGGCAAUUUCCAAGAUCUUUCAGGAUGGAGGUUUGAAGGUAAGUUUAUUCUCUAUACAUCAUCUGUUAGUGAAUUUACCAUGUACUCAGUAAAACUGUACGCAAUCAAUGUCUCCUAGAUUAUCCAUGGCAAAACGCUCACACAGGUUAUUUUUAACUGGUAGAUAUUUUCUAUAAGCCUAUUACUUGUUUAAAUGAUAAUUUAUAUUUUUUAUUUGUUAGGACAUAUUCAUCGAGUCUGGGCUAGCUGGUGAGGGAUCAGUUAAAGGUGUUUUCUCAGGCAAACAUUAUAACAGGUCGGUAUCUUGUCAUAAAGUGGCGCACGAGGCAUUCCAACGUCUUCGACUAGAAGCUUUUCUGGACACACUGGACGAAAAUGUUCUGCAUGGCAUAUAUUCGCUCAUUGCAGAUAUGAGUGACUCGAUUUUUAACGAAGGUGUUCAGGCAUACGUCGAAAGUCGACAGUUUGAUAAUCUAGUCCAGCAGUACGAAAGUUUUAUUGUCGAAAUGUCAGCAAAAUCAAAGACAUUCGCUUAUUGGAGCAUGUACAUAAAAAUGACAGGUAAGGUUUUGUUCCCUAUAUUUACAAAUAUGUGUUGAUAAUUAUUAAUCACAAAUACAGUUCUUCUAAUACAUGUAUCAUUUAUAUGAUGAAAUACAUACGUGCACGUACGCUAUAUUAAUUAUAGGUCUUUUUAUAUAUAGGAGUACUUCUUAUGUUCAUCCGUGCUACGAGACAACUCGACUGGGAUUUACACAUGUCAACAUUUAGAUCCAUGAUUCCCUGGUUCUUUGUCUGCGACAAAAUUCACUACGCACGAUACGGAUCGGCUUAUUGGCUAGAAAUGGCAUCACUGGAAACUACCCACCCAGGUUGUUAUUCGAAUUUCCGGUCAUUUGAUAUACGAAUAGGGCAGUAGUUACGAAAUAGAUAUAACUGCCAGAAAAAUUACCAGAGGUAUUCAACGAAGGCCCUUAGUUCGAAACGUUGAGGCUCUCCAGUAUUACAAUGUUUCCUUUUCAAUUAUAGGAAUUCUCCCCGAGUUAUCAUCGAACUUUGCAAUUCAGCGUCAGAACGAUCACGGGUUUUCAGCAGUUGCCUGUGAUCAGACCAUUGAACAAACGGUAAACCGUGAUUCGAAGACUAAAGGAGGCUUAACCGGUUUCUCUAUGAAUCGUUCGUCUGUACACAGAUGGUUGCUUUCACAAUCGGAACGAGCAGCAAUUACACAACAGUGCAAAUCUAUGUCUGGGAUGAAUUGUAAAUAUCGGUAGGAUAUUAAGCAGUUUUAAAUUAGAACUUUUAACCCGUUAGUUAAAGAUCCCCUCAUGUUACCUUCUCUAGCCAUGUUGAUGUUGCUCAUGUGUUUAUUCUGUCUCGUGUUUUUAGGAAAAGAAAAGAUCUGGAUGCAAGUAAAUGCGAACAGCAUGAAAAAUCUGUAAAGAAUGUUACCAGCACCAUUGCUAGCAUGACAAAUCCGUUUGACGGGGAACCAAGUCGAACUGGUCAACAUUUCAAGUGGCGUUGA